UGUACACGAACGACACGGUCGCCAUGAUGUCCGGCGGGGACCUGGCCUUCAGCCACGGUGACUGCCGAUUCCAAAGGCAGGACGCGCUCAUCGCCGCGGCUAACGAGAUGGCGCAAGUGACGGGACACCGAGAACCCGUCCACGUGGUCCACUCGACGCCCGCCUGUUACGUCGAGGCGCUGAGCGCCAAGUCUAGGACAUGGCCUCGCUACUCGGGAGACCUUCUACCCUACACGGACAGGACGGGCCGCACCUGGACGGGAUUCUACACCACGAGGCCGAACCAGAAGAUGUUGGUGCGAUACGCGAACGGGUUCCUCCAGGCAAGUAUGCAAUUAGCCGGGAGAUAACAGUCAAAAGCUUUCUUUUUUUUUUUUUGACAAAUGGGUUGCCCGGAAAUAUGCAGAGUGUCAGAGCAUCUAAUACAGGUGACAUUUGCACUUAGCUCUAAUAGAGCACUACAAUGGUAGCCAUUUCGGUCUCUUCGAGAAGCAGGCUUUGCGUUUGACAAAUAUUCGUCCGACAGCGCCGAUUCAACUCGGGGCAGUUGCUACACAUAGCUUGCACUCACGUCACUCCUACCGCCCUGUUGGAGGAGCAGCAAUGUCAGAAGCUACGUGUUUUCACGUCGCACAGCAUUUCUGCCAGUUUCUGCCUUGGUUCUGGUACA